UCGAAUCGAUGCUCUCCUUCUGGUUUGCUUUAUAAACAGCACGAUAGUAAGGUAAAACACUGCAUAUUUGUGGGAGAGAGUAAUAAUUGGAAGUGAAAAUAUCGCAGCUUAAUAUUGUACGGUGUUGUUUUUAGGAUAAGAAUGUAAAUAUAUAAUAAUGAAGGCUUUAUAUGGGUAUGCAUUAUGUUAUAUGGAUGUAAAAUCUCUAUGCAUUCUGUAAUUUUUUUAAUCAUGCGGAAAUUACAAAUUUCUCUCUUUGUGUAUUUUCUACCGUCUUUAACCAAAGAACUUUUUCAUCUUCUUUUUUUCCCUGCUGGCACAAAAUAAAUCGUGAAGAAAUCAGAUUUGAAUUGUACGCUGCACGAAGAAUGUAUGCCAGAAAGGUGUUUUUGUUUUACGGAAAGUCAUUCUUGUAGAAGAUCACAAUUUAUAUCGCUUUAAGGAUAAUUUUAUUUCUGCUUAUAGGCACACACGAACAAAACGGAAUAAUGCUGGAUUGUUAUUUUAAUAAAGAAAAUUUACAGCAACCAUAGCUUUCUUAAUUUACUUUACGAACUAAAGAAUUAAUAAUAUACGAUAUGAGAUCUAUAGUAUGUAUUCUCUUGCUAAUAUUUGCGAGCUGCGUUCAUUGCAAACUGACAAAAACAAAGCACUCAAUCAAGAAGCUCCACAAUUCACAACAUUUAAGACAUCCAGACUUACACGAUAGCACUGCCAGAAGUAGCUAUGAACAUGGACAUGUAAGAAAACAUAGGCUAUCGCAUAGAAACACACAUAAAGCAAAAAAUGUCCACAAGACAAAGUCUAGAAAUAAAAUAAGAAAGAUACAUAAAAAGAGGGAUAUGUUUUUAAUUGGAGAUAAAAGGACACAAGUUCAGGAAGCCAUACCAUUGUAUCAAAAUACUACAGCGUUUAGUGAUCCAGAGUUACCUCAGCAGGAUAUAUUUGCCACCUAUCAUAAGUCUGUUGGUGAUGAGGUUAAUAAUGAUGACGAUGAAAAUCAUAUCGACCAAACACAAGAAAAUAAUGAAGAGGGAGACAUAGAGAGGAAAAGCAACGUUUCAAAUCCGCAACAAAGUUCUGAUGAAGCAGAAAUAGCAAGCAAACUUGCUUCUAUUUUGCACGAUGAUCCAGGCGAUGAUGAAAAUGAAAUGAACAGCUUAUUUAAAGAAAUUGACAAAGAUACCUCAUCUGGCGAUCAUCCAAGCAUGGUUUCAUCCAAUCAGCCAAACAACCUUGAAGACGAAAUGAAGGAAAAGAGUAAUGUUCAAAGUGAUUCAGUUGUUAAAACAAUAAUAGGAGGAGGCUCUAUCCACCGUGUGGGAGAGCCGAAAUUUAUUCCCAUUUCUCCCCUUGAGUCACAAGAUAGUCAGUUGGAUGCGAUUUCGUCAAGUUUAGAAAACGACCCUUUUAAAUCAGAUGGAAUGGUUGAAUCGGCAGAUAUGAAAGAAGAUAUCGCUAAUGUGCAGCUUGGGCAAGCUUCAAAUGCUGUAAAAAUUCCGGCAACUAAUGAACUGCUGGAUCUAUUUUCCGACUGGGUGAAAAAUAUGGUUGCAAAAAAUCCAAAUAUGAAGCUACCACAAAUAAAGAAGUUAAAAUCAAACUUUAAAGGAUGGUUGCAAAAAAUCUCGUCAGGUAGCUACGAAUCUUCAACUGAACCAGGUCUUGAAAGAACAUUUGAUGAUUUUUUGAGAAAGCUUGUAUCUCGCAACAACGUUGACCAUAUUGUGUCGGAAAACGAUGAUAUCAAUGAAUGGCUAGAACAUCAAAACUUCUCAAAAGAUGGCUCUAAAAAUGGAUCUGCAGAUUUUGAGCAUUGGUUACACAAUGUUGUACAUCCUAAUCAAAAUGAACUCCAAGAGUGGUUGCACAACUCAACGUUAAAAUAUUUAAAUAAAGUUGAUAAAUACUUAGAAAAGUCAAACAAGGAUAACGGGGAAAAAACAAAUUCCAAGAAUUCAGGUAACACAUCGGAUGUGGAUUUGGAUCAUACAGACCUGAUGUCAUUUAAUGAACCGUAUCACGUGCAUUAUCCUUCGAAUGAUGUCUUCUUUGAUCUACACAUGCCUGAUAAUGUAAAUCACCACGUGGACCAUCACAUGCAUUACAAUGGUGGACAAGUGCAUCAUUAUUAUGACCAUUACUAUGAUAACACGAGCGAGUCGAUGUCUAUAGACCAUUUUGUGUCCAGUGUUCACCCAUGUCAAAAUGGUGGCAUAAUUGUUCCACUUGGUCCAGAAUCCUAUCAAUGCAUCUGCCCAAAAGAAUACAUUGGAAAAAAAUGUGAAGAAAUCAAUGCUUGCUGCAAGUACGAACCUUGUCAAAACAAUGGAACAUGUAAUCCAAUUAGAAACGAACCAAAGUAUCACUGUACUUGUAAAAAAGCUUAUUAUGGAAAACAUUGCGAAAAAAAAAAUCCUUGCGAGCCAAACAUGUGUGAAAACGGAGGUACGUGUACUCAUAAUGAUAAAGAUGAAACACAGUGUAUAUGUAAGAAAGGAUUCAGAGGAGAAAAAUGUGAAGAAAUUGAUAGCUGUAUUCCACCUCCAUGUCGUAAUGGAGGAACAUGUUCGCAAGUUAACGCGAAAAACGCAACAUUUACCUGUGAUUGUCCGGUCAAAUUCAAAGGAACGAUAUGCGAACGUAAGUAUGACGUGUUAUAUGCGACUAGUUGUAUUUUACACAAAAAAAUGCGUUUUUUUUAUGGGAAAAUAAAAAUGCCGACUUUUUGUCCCAGUCAGCCAUGUCAGAAUGGUGGAACUUGUCGAGAAACAAACGAUGAUUUCCAAUGCAUAUGUCGUGAAGGAUUUAUGGGUAAAACGUGUACAGAAAGGCCAUGUUUGCCCAGUCCAUGCUACAAUGGUGCCACUUGUGUUGAGAAUGGCACCGACUAUGAAUGUAUAUGUGCACCUUGGACGAGUGGAAGAAACUGCACAGAAAUCAGUCCAUGCCGAUUGAAACCUUGCCGCUCCAAUGGUCAGUGCUUGGAUGCACUUUCUGGUUUUAAAUGGUCUUUCAAACCAAUGCAAUACUAUUGUUUAUGUCGGCCGCCAUACAUGGGACCACAUUGCACAGAUAAUUUGUGCAACCACUGCUCGCCUUAUGGUCACUGUGAAAACUCAAGCAAAUGUGUUUGUGAUGAUGGUUACUACGGAAACGGUUUUAUCUGUCAACCGGAAGAUACCAAUCCAUGUGUUCCUAAUCCAUGUUUUAACGACGGUGCAUGCGUAAUUGAAUCCAGUGGUGACUACCAUUGUCAUUGCAAGCAACCAUUUAAACCACCAUUGUGUUUAAGUAGGCAUAUAUUUAUGGUUGCUAAUAACAACAGUGUUUGUCAUAUUUUGUUCCAUCGAAAUAUAUGCCCUGAGAAAUUAAUUUUGUAUCUCAUGCCUGAAGGCCGUCGCCACUGGAGGAAUAUUGUGCAACCCUUUCCAUUUUUUUUUUGGCGUUACAUGAAAUGUUGUAGGCAUUUAAAAAAAAUUUUUUUUGUUACAGCGGGAGAUCCUUGUAUCCCAGAUCCAUGUAAAAAUGGACAAUGUAUGGCUAAUUCAGAUGGAACAUACAGAUGUAAAUGCGAGCCAGGGUAUCGAGGUUUUCAAUGCAACAUCACUGAUCCAUGCUCUCCAAAUCCAUGUCAACACAAUGGAGAAUGUAAUGUAGACAAAGAUGGAAAUAUAACGUGCAGUUGUAAAGGCAAAUGGCUACCACCUAUUUGCAAAGAUUGUGGAUGCCCUGUCAGCACUGAGCCGCAAAAAGUACCAAGCGCUUUCUGUAACUCAGAAGGUAAAUGCCAGUGCAGUAAGAACUUUAAUGGUGAAAAGUGGAAUUAUGAAACAGAGAAUGACAGAGGUGAAAGCGAACCUGGAUGUGUCAAGGUUCAAGACACUGUCAUAAUUCCUCCAAAGACAGCUUGUAAUGUGUCAGGCAAUCCUUGUUUCAAUGGAGGAACGUGCCAAUUAAUCAACCAUGACGGAACUCUAGCAACGCCGCCACCUGCGCAUACUAAUGGCACUGAGCCAACUUCACCUGUUCCGGUUGUAAACGAAAAUUAUAAGUGUUUAUGUACAAAGUGGUUCUAUGGACCCAGAUGUGGUAUUGUUAAAGCUUGUAUACCAAAUAAUCCAUGUCUCAAUGGUGGUACAUGUCAAGAAGAUGGAAAAGGAAAUUUUACUUGCAAAUGUCCAUCUGGUACUGGAGGAUGGAAAUGUAACGCUUUACCAACGGUUCCACCAAAGCCCGAUCCUCAUUGUACACCAAAUCCUUGCAAAAAUGGCGGAGUAUGCCAUGCAUUGAAGCAUGGUUACGAUUGCCAUUGCAAGCCAAGAUAUACUGGCUCUCAUUGUGGAGUUGACAGAUGUGCUGAAUGUGAUGAGAACGCCAAAUGUGUCAAUGGUCAUUGUCAAUGCAAGUUAGGAUAUGUCGGAAAUGGCUAUGACUGUGUUUAUGAUGCCAAUCCAGCGCCUACCUGUGGCAACUGUCCUGUGUUUUCAACAUGUACAUCAGCAACAGGUUAUUGUGGAUGCAACAAUGGGUAUGAAUUUGUGGAUAGAAUUUGUGUCCCAAUAUUCAACACUGGAGAAGAUGUUGACUAUCAUGAAGUGAAAACCACACCAAUAACCACAAUGAAACCAUCGCCAUCACAAGCAACCGCAGCAAGGACCAUGUCAAGGACCAAUCCUAGACCUCAUACUUUACCUGCCUCUUCUACCACAAGUACUACCGAACGACCAAGAGGGAGUACCGUUUCAUCUAGCGCUAAAACCACUUCUCAUGCCUCUAAGAGCAGCACGCCACAACACUCUAGUCCCACCGGAGGGAGUGGUACAACAGCUAUACCUGUGCUCUCCUCCACAACAACAACAACAACAACCAAGUUAUCAACUAUAAGAACAACAACAAAAGCAUCAACGAUCGCAAAAACAACAACAACAACAACAUCCACUACAACUUCCACUUCUGCUUCCACUACAACACCUACAACACCCAGUACUACAGAGAGCACGACCACACCAGUCAAACCUAACACUGAUGUAAACGGAGAAGUUCCUGCUGGUAUACCGGCUUUACCAGACUCGCCAGAUAUACCUGUGGGAGGUCCUCCAUCGCAGAAGGAUAAUGUUGAUACAGAUGAGACAUCGCAUAGAUCAUUUCUGUUAGACGAAUUAAAUAAUGUGUCAGAUGACGAUGAUGAAAAACAAUUAGGACUUGCGCCCCCUGAACCACCCGUGGCGUAUAUAAAACAUCGUAAUGGAGCUAAGCAUCUGUGGAAAGCUAUUUCAGCAAUGCAUUCUAUGAAAGAACAAGAUAACUCGCAAGAUGAAAGAACUAUAGAGACACUUUAAGGAAUGCACCAAUCACAAUUUAAACCAUAUUUUCACGUGAUCUAAGACAAAUAUGGCGUUGUGCUGAUUGUCCAUAUCUUCCAUGUUUUGUCAACUUAAAACAAACAAAAAUGACAAACUUGUACAUAAGUUGACGUCAAACAAGGCGUGACGUUAUUCCGCUUGAUGACUUUUAUUGAAGUGAUAAAUUAUUAUAAUUUUAUGAUAA